UUCAGUUUCAGCGCUUUGCGAUUGCGAUCCAUGUAUUCCUGCUCAGGCUUUGCAUUUACAAUUCGUGGUGCUCUGUUUCUCCUGUUCGAGUUCGAGCUUGCGAGGUUUCUACCUGUAUUUCUUGAUGAAGCGUGUGAUUGGAGAACACAACACGUUUUCUUUGUCCGUCUUGCCUGCUAGAAACUUUGGGGGUGUCUGGAUCAUCUCGUUUCCGCUCUGCUAGGGGUUUUCUGUUGAUUUCAGACUUCAGUAGCUGCAACCUGCAAUCGGUGAAAGAAAGCGUCUUUUCGUUUUUCUGAAGUGAGAAGAACUGAAUUGCCCUGCCUGUGAUCAUUUCACAUUUCGGGACCGCGCAUCUUCUCUGAAGAAGGGUUUUAACUUUACGAUUGACUAUGAGAGGAAACUUGAUAAAUCCACUGCGUGUUGACACUGCACUUUGUUCCCAUUUUUUUUCCUAGUGUUAAAGUAAAAGCUAGAUAUUGAUAGUUUGCUGCUGGUGUCUAAAUAUCUGAAAUGCCAUUCUGAUUUUCAAACUUUCACAUGGCAGUAGUAAUCCAUAUGUGUGAAAUUAAGUUUUUCCUUGAAACUCCUUCAGUCUUUGUGGUGCGAAAAUAGCACUGCCAAUCUCACCGUAUUCAACGGAGUGACAUUCCCGGCAUGACUCUGUUGUUUGACUCGCGCCUGUUAAAGUUAGGCACGGAAGCAAAUUCAGCAGCCUAAAAUGUGACAGGAAGUCAGGUCAUCUUCCAACAAGUCAGUCUGAAAUAUGUGUCCAACGACGCCACAUUAGAAACUAGAAUUUAUUAGGUUCUGACGACUUAGGCAGGACCAAUUUGUUCACUUGAGAAUUCAGUAGUGUUUUUCUCUCACGACAAAUAAGCAAAUAGUAUUUUCAGUCAUAGCUUAUCAGCCAAGCGAACAUAUGCGUAGGUUCGGCCUAACCAUGUUGGAAAUUGUACAGUGGCAUGGUUUAUCUGUAUCAGUGUGUCAGUAACUGCAAAUACAAAGCUUACUUGUUUGCAGAUCUAUUGCAUCGUGUCUUUUUGGUUUUUCCUCUCGGUCUUCAUAUAUCUGAAUCGAGAUCGGAGUGUAAUGCUUGGAGCUUUUCUGAUGGAAGCUUGCUAGCAUGGAACCGAGGAGGUUAGAGCAGUUAGUGUUCCUGCUCUGCUGCGUUGCGGCAAUCACAUGCAGGUUACACACACAAGCUCAGGCCCAAACAACUCUGCAACACACCGAAACCUCAACUCACACUGGAGCAGUGGGUAGGAAUUUGUCAGAGAUGGGAAACAGAUCGGAGAGCUUGCUGUCUAGAAGAACGAGGAGAGUUGAUCCUCUUGAAGGACUGAGGAAGUAUGAGGGAGGGUACAACAUCACUGAUAAGCACUACUGGAGUUCGACCAUAUUUACAGGUAGAUCUGGAUAUGUGAUGUCAGGAUUAUGGAUUAUCGGUGGCAUCAUUUUUGUUGUAGUUAUUCUCAUCUCGAAGAUUUUCUUCCCAAAAAAGAAAGAAAGAUACACUGACUUGGACUAUUUCCUUGAGAGAUAUCAAAUUUUGACUGUGAUACUCUGUAUCCUCCUCACAGUUUUUGUCAUAGUUUCUUCAGCAGUUGCGCUUCGGGGCACGGUACAAUUCCACUCAAGAGCUGAAUCUGUAAAAGAGAUAAUUGGGACGACUGCACUCGAGGCGACAGCGACAAUUUACAACAUAACAGGUGCCAUUGAGAAGAUGCAGAACACAUCGAAUCUGUACAACUACACAAGCCAAGCUUGGGAUCAUCUGAACUCCACAGUUGAGGCGCUCAACUCCGAAGCCGUGGAGAUUCAGGUGAAGGCGGAGAAAAACAUGCGCUUGGUUAGCAAGGGAAUCAGGACUCUGGAACUUGUGACAAUUUUAUGUGUGACACUGAAUCUUUUUGCAGUUCUAGUGUUACUGGUAGGGAGGCCUCUAAGGCUGCAAAAGUUGUGUUGCUUGUGCAUGGUCUUCUGCUGGAUACUGACAGCCCUAUUCUGGAUGUACUUUGGUCUGUACUACUUCUUCGACAAGUUCGCCGGCGACACGUGUGUCGCCCUGGACGAGUACCAGCUGAACCCUCAGAACAGCACGCUGGGCACCAUCAUACCCUGCAGCGAGAAGCUCUCCGCUGACGUGAUCCUGCACGACGUCGGUGCGGGCAUCCAUGACAUCAUUGACCAGGUGAAUUCAAACAUUUACACGAUCAAAUCAGAGUACCCGGUGAAGCAGCUGGACUACAUCUGCAACCCCUUCACCGGACCGCCGCAGUACCAGUACCAGCCGGAGAACUGCCCCUCCGGCGCCGCCACCAUCGGCGACAUCCCACAGAUCCUGAAGAGGCUGACGUGCUCAGACUUCGGCGGCGGCGCCAACUGCCGCCCGGCCGACCUCUCGUCGGCGAUCGACUACGACAAGGUGCAGUCGUACACGAGCUCCAUCCAGAACGUGCUGGACAUCUUCCCGGGCACGGAGCGGCUGGUGAGCUGUGAGCUGGUGAAGGCCGGCUUCGCGGACAUCGUGGGCAACCAGUGCGCCCCGCUGCGGCGCGGCGCGCGCGCGGCGUGGGCCGCGCUCGCCGCGCUAUCCGCGUCCAUGGUGCUGCUGAUUCUGCUCGUGCUCGUGGCGACCAACGCGCGCCACCCCGGCGACGACCGCCUGUCCGUGCGGCACCUGACGUCGUCGACCAACUCGGAGAUCUCGGAGGCGGAGUUCGCCGAGAUGCACGCCAAGAAAGUGCGGACCAGGGUCGGGCCAUGAGCUGACCCGACAAAGCUGACAUCCAAUUCUUUUUGCUGUUCUUUGCCAUUUCCGGAGAGGAAAGGGAGAGUUGAGGAUACAUACUGCCGGCGGUAGAGACCGAUCCGGAAGAGAUCGUCCACCGCCGGUGCGCCAUUGUUGCUCAGAUGUUUGGUUUUGUUGUCUCAGAUGGUCUGGAGAAUCCAGCCAUUCUGUUGGUGGUAUAGGAGAAGCAAUUGGUUUCUGUAUAUGAAGUAUGAACAUCAAUCUGUAAUUGCAAAAGCAUUGAAACAUACGUGCUGCACAAUUUGAUCUUUA